AAUUAUUUUAAUAACAACUCGGGACAUGCUUCAACAGACAGAGCACAGUGAGAGCCAGAGAAGGAGCAACAGGCUCCCUGGGGAUUGUGGGGACAGAGAGCCAACCUCUCCAAACGACCCUGCUUCACUGAAGUGAAAUACAAAGUCUUGGGUUUGAAUCUUAAAAGGCCUGUGUGUUUCCAGGAGAUCUCUUCUGCCUCUGAGGCUCGGUCUGAAAAAAUUAAGAAGUUGAGUGGAUCCCAAGAUCCAGAAGCUCCAGGAAUUGGCCCUCCCACUUCAUCGUCUUGCAAAUUCAAGCUACUCCCACAUCCCCCGCUAACCAGAACCCGAAGGCCUUCUUCACUGAGCCCCAGAGUAAUGUCAACCACUCAGAGCCACCAAAAAGCAUUUGCAACCUGGAACCUCCCCUGGAGGCCCAAGGGGCGGAGCUCUGGUAAGGGGCGGAGCUCUGAUAAGGGGUGGGGCCGAGGCAUCGUUGGAAGGGCCCAAGACACUGACAGGAGGGAUUAGCCCAGCCAAUGACAGACAGGGGGCGUGGCGAUCCCGCCUCUUGCCAUAAGAAAUCGCCGGGUUCCGAGACUUGCACGAGUCUGCGAACCCUCCACACUAGCGGCGACUGCUUCUCUUGCGGCCAGUUCCUACGGCCAGUGGGGCAGCUCAGGAGAGAGGAGAUCCGGGAGACCCCAGGGGAAGCGGUGGACGAAUCCGAUUGGGUCUUCCUUUGCCUGGCUGAGUUGCAGGGACGCCAAGGUGCUCGGGCCUCCCGCCCAAGAGGAGCUGCUGGCCGGGACCCCGGGCGCUCGCUGACAAUCCGCCCGCUGCCAUGGCCGACCACCUGAUGCUCGCCGAGAGCUACUGCCUGCUGCAGGUGCCGCCGCACGCCCACGGCCCGCACGCGCCCCGGACUGUGCAGCCAUACGUAGGCCAGGGCAUGGACAGUGGUCUGCGGCCGCGGGGGGCUCCUCUGGGACCGCCGCCGCCACCCGGGUCCCUGGCAUACGGCUCCUUCGGGUCUCCGGUCUCCUUCCAGCCCUUCCCCGUCGCGCAGCCGCCGAGCGCCGGCAGCGCGCACCUGCAGCCUGCAGCCACGCCGUCCCCGGGCCGCAUCCCGGCGCCCCCGGGAGCCGCCGGAGGCCCUUCACCUCUGCAGCCGGCGCCCGGAGCAGCGUCAGCGCCGCCGCCGCCACCCGCCCUGGGCUGCAUGGACGCGGAGCUCAUCGACGAGGAAGCGCUGACGUCGCUGGAGCUCGAGCUUGGGCUGCACCGCGUGCGCGAGCUGCCCGAGCUCUUCUUGGGCCAGAGCGAGUUCGACUGCUUCUCGGACCUGGGGUCCGCGCCGCCCGCCGGCUCGGUGAGCUGCUGAGAGCGGCCGCCUAGGGUCGCUAAACUCUGCGUCCGGUGGCCCGGCCCGCGCACAUCCUCCGUGAGGGUGGAGGCGCCAGGGUUACGCGCCGAGACGGCUCCGGCCGGCCGUGGACGCCUGCCUUGCCUGCAGGCCCGCCUCCUGCUGUGUGACAGCUGCGUCUUGCUUCUCUUACCCAAGCCUCAGCGGUCAAAUGGAGGGGACUGAACCAGCCUUCGGAUUCCACGUUCUUGAAUUCUGUGCUCUCCUUCCCGCCCCCUCCUCCCAAUCUGAGCCAUUGCAGGCCUCUGCCUGACCUUCCUUCUUGUGCAGCCCACUAACCGGGUUCCAGAGCCAUCUCCCUGAUCCUCUAUCUUCCCUGGGCCUCUGGCCUGCGGGGGGAAGGGAAGAUUUUAUACCUAAGUGCUGCAGAGUGAAACAAUGCUCUCGGUGUCCUCUAAAACCAAAAUAAAACUGGGUUGCUUUACA